AUGGCGGAUACGCUGGACCCAUUAUCACCGAGUACAAAUGACUCCUCGCCAGGCUUAAUGAAUAUAUUGAGACAGAGGCUCGGCAGGACACCGACAGGGGCUAAUGGAGAUGGAUAUGUCGAGUUCGGUGAGUUCAGAUCAGAACAGAGUGGCGUUAAGAAGGUGGGCACCUUCGCUGGAGUGUUCUGUCCUGUUGUACUAUCAAUGUUCAGCGCCCUUGUCUUCAUAAGAAUGGGAUAUCUCAUCGGUAACGCUGGUCUGUUAGUGACUCUGGCGCAAUUCGGUAUGGCGUAUUUAAUAGUCGGCUUCACAGUUACAUCUAUCUGCGCCAUUUCCACGAAUGGGGCUGUCGAGGGCGGAGGCGUAUACUUUAUGAUAAGCAGAACCCUCGGUCCAGAAUUUGGUGGUGCUAUAGGGACCCUGUUCUUUUUCGCCAACGUUGUAUCAAGUGCUCUCUGUAUAUCAGCCUGCGCUGAAGCUAUGGUGGAGAAUUUUGGGGACGAUGGUGGGUACUUGAUCGGUUCUAGCCCCGGCCUGCCAAGUGGUUACUGGUAUAACUUUCUGUACCGCUCAGCGUUGAAUGCUGUCGGUCUAGGAGUUUCUUUGGCCGGAGCAUCAUUAUUCGCAUCUACAAGUCUAGCCAUCUGGUUGACGACUAUAGUGUGUUUAUUCAGCGCUUUCCUGAGCUUCUUUAUCACAGCACCCGGACAGAUAGAGAAGCCCGCAUCAAACACUAUAGUGAAUGCUACCAACUUUACCUACACUGGUCUGAGUUCGGUCACAUUACGAGAGAACCUCUAUCCUAAUUACUCCCGGGACUACACAGCUGAUGGGGAGUUCGUUGACUUCGCGUCAGUUUUUGGGGUUCUGUUUACUGGGGUCACUGGAGUUAUGGCUGGGGCUAAUAUGAGUGGUGAAUUAAAGAAUCCAUCUCUGAAUAUUCCCCGAGGUACACUAGGAGCUCUUCUUCUCACAGCUUUAACAUACCUCUCCCUAUCAUUGUUAACUGCUGCUACAUGUUCGCGGGAACUGCUGCAGAAUAACUACGUGUAUCUACUGCCUAUCAAUAUCUGGCCGCCUUUCAUAGCAGUGGGGAUGCUCACAGCUACCUUCUCAGCUGGGUUGUCAAACCUUAUUGGAGCGUCCAGAGUAUUGGAAGCGUUGGCCAAAGAUGAUAUAUUCGGUUUCCUCCUCCGUCCCAUGGUCUCUCGUUCAGGUAACCCGGUGCUAGCGGUCAUCGCCUCCUGGCUGUUAGUACAGUUUGCUAUCAUGGCUGAUUCACUGAAUGCUAUCGCUCAGGUCAAUUCCGUGUUGUUUAUGACGAGCUACUUCGCUAUCAAUCUGGCGUGUCUGGGCUUGGACCUGGCGUCUGCACCUAAUUUCAGGCCAACAUUCAAGCAGUUCUCAUGGGCGAGCAGUCUCGCCGGGCUUGUAGGAUGUGCGGGCGUGAUGUUCUUCACGAGGGCGGGUUAUGCGGCUGGCGCGGCGCUGGCGUGCUGCGGCCUCGUGCUGGCGCUGCACUUCCUGUCCCCGGCAGCGGCAGACCCUGGCUGGGGCAGUCUUAGCCAGGCGCUCAUAUUCCACCAGGUCCGUAAGUAUCUCCUGCUGCUAGAUCCUCGUCGGCAGCACGUCAAGUUCUGGAGGCCGCAGAUGUUGCUGCUAGUCGCCUCUCCCAGACACUGCGCCCCACUCAUAGACUUCGUUAACGAUCAGAAGAAGGGCGGUCUGUUUGUGUUGGGUCACGUUCGUGUCGGUGAGUUAGACGGCAGUGGAGACCCUCUGUCUGAUGAACACAAGUACUGGCUGCAGUUGAUAGAUCAUCUCAAGGUGAAGGCUUUCGUUGAACUCUGUCUGUGUGAAUCAGUGAGAGGAGGGGCUGCUCAGUUGUCACGUCUCUCCGGGCUCGGCGCUAUGAAGCCUGAUACUGUAUUAUUGGGAUUUAGGGACCAGGCGCCGCAUAGGGACUUCUUCAGGGAUCCCUCUUCACCUUAUAAGACGUCUAUGUUCGACUUAGAAGGCGGUGAGGUUGUGUUCCCAGCUCGAGCCUCCAAGAUUUCUGUCACUGAGUACGUUAGGAUUGUAUCCGAUGUGCUCUGUGUGGGGAAGAAUGUCUGUCUGUGUCGACACUUCCACAAAUUAGAUAUGGAGGCGAUCGCCAAACGUUCGUCAUCAUCUCGUUCCAUCGACGUGUGGCUGGUUGAGCCUCUCCGUCCGUCUCGUGAGGAGCCCUUCUCAGUCCGAGCUCUGUUCGCGCUGCAGCUAGCGGCCGUCGUCCGCUCAGCCAGGGGCUGGACCCGGCUCGGCCUUAGAGUACAUAUUAUUACAGGGGUCUCGACUACUGGACCCCUAUCCUCGUCUCCCGACCAGCUGUCUCCCGGCCGACCAGUGACCGAGCGUCUGGAACAACUCCUCAAGAUGCUCAGAAUUAACGCCACCAUACAUCCAGUUCCUGAAUGGCCUUCCUUAGAGGGGUCACACCGCUGGGCCGAUCUAGAUGACGAUCAAGUCUACCAGAGAGUGCCCAUGAACUAUUUACAGAAAGUGAACUCUAUAAUAAAGGCUCGCAGCUCCGAGGCGGUGGUGACAUUCAUACAGCUCCCUCCACCGCCGCCCAGCGUCAACAGAGACGACGACAUAUGUAAUGACUACUUGAAGACUUUAGACGAGCUGACCAAGGACCUCUCACCCACGAUACUCGUUCGAGGACUGAAAUCUGUGACAUCCACAUCCUUAUAA